AGACGGGAUGAUGGUUUGGAGUUCAUGAGCUGGAUGUGUGGUCUUACGGAUUUGCUUUGAGCUUCGGACUUAAGCAUGCAGUGCUAUACGGAAUUGCUUCCUCCUUCGGGGGUAACCCAUGCCAUUUCUCUGCCUUUCUUGUCAGCGACAUCCAACAAUUUGAUAGUCGCAAAGACGUCAAUACUUCAAGUCUUCUCGUUGGUGAAUGUCGCCUAUGGGACAAGCGCACCUCCAAAUGCGGAUGACAAAGGCCGAGUUGAGAGGCAGCAAUAUACCAAACUAAUCUUGGUUGCCGAAUAUGACCUCUCCGGGACAAUAACCGGCUUGGGGAGAGUGAAAAUUCUCGAUUCAAGAAGCGGUGGAGAGGCGCUGCUAGUUUCAACCCGAAAUGCGAAGCUAAGUCUCGUCGAGUGGGACCAUGAAAGACAUGGAAUAUCGACCAUAUCCAUUCACUAUUAUGAAAGAGAAGAUGUGCACAGCAGCCCCUGGACGCCAGAUCUAAGACUUUGCCCGAGCCUUCUGGCAGUGGAUCCAAGCAGCAGGUGCGCCAUUUUGAAUUUCGGCAUUCAUAGCGUCGCCAUUCUUCCCUUUCACCAAACAGGCGAUGACCUCGUCAUGGAUGAGUUCGACGAAGACUUAGACGAGAAGCCGGAAGGAGCAAGCAAUAUCCCUGCACAAGCCGCCGUUGCAAAUGAUACGACAAUGUACAAAACACCCUAUGCAUCCUCUUUUGUGCUUCCGUUGACCGCCUUGGACCCUGCUCUUGUCCAUCCGAUACACCUCGCAUUUUUAUAUGAGUAUAGAGAACCUACGUUUGGCAUCCUCUAUUCUCAUCUUACGACCUCAUCCGCUCUUCUCCAUGACCGAAAAGACAUAGUUUCAUAUGCUGUGUUUACUCUAGAUAUACAACAACGGGCAUCCACAACCCUCAUUACAGUCUCGCGAUUACCGAGUGACCUAUGGAAGGUCGUUCCCCUCCCGCCUCCCAUCGGAGGCGCCCUGUUGAUUGGGUCCAAUGAGCUAAUCCAUGUCGACCAAGCGGGUAAAACCAAUGCCGUUGGCAUAAAUGAGUUUGCUCGACAGGCAUCUGCGUUCUCAAUGGUGGAUCAAUCAGAUCUAGGACUACGUCUUGAGGGCUGUGUGGUUGAACAGCUGGGAACCGACAGCGGUGACAUAUUGCUGGUUUUAGCAGAUGGCAAGAUGGCUAUAUUACGACUCAAAGUCGAUGGGCGUUCUGUGUCUGGGAUCUCAGCACAAUUGGUCUCUGAAAAAGCUGGAGGUUCCAUUCUGAAAGCGAGACCUUCCUGUUCGGCUAGUUUGGGCAGGGGAAAAGUAUUUUUUGGAAGCGAGGAGACCGAUUCUCUUCUGAUAGGAUGGAGUCGUCCCUCGCAAUCGAUGAGAAAACCGAAAGUAGAGUCGGCCGACGAUGUAUUUGGAGAUCAUUCUGAAACAGAGGAUGAUGAGGAUGACAUUUAUGAAGAUGAUUUGUACUCCACUCCGGUCAACCAAACUACGCUCUCCAAAACCACCUCGCAGACAAACGGCCUGAACAAGGACGAUUUUGUUUUCCGUUCGCACGAUCGAUUAUGGAACCUGGGCCCAAUGAGCGAUGUAACCCUGGGAAGGCCUCCUGGCUCGCAUGAUAAAAACAGAAAGCAGUCAUCGUCCAGAACAUCCGCUGAUUUAGAACUUGUUGUCACUCAAGGGAAAGGUAAUGCGGGCGGUCUCGCGGUUCUACAACGGGAGCUGGAUCCGUAUGUUAUCGACUCCAUGAAAAUGGAUAACGUCGACGGAGUUUGGUCGAUUCAAGUCGGGGCCCCUGACUCCACAAAUACACGAACUUCCUCACGCAAUUACGAUAAGUAUCUGGUUUUCUCGAAAUCAACAGAGCCCGGGAAGGAGCAAUCGGUUGUAUACUCGGUUGGUGGCAGCGGAAUUGAGGAAAUGAAAGCUCCGGAAUUUAAUCCCAAUGAGGAUUCGACUGUGGAUAUCGGCACGCUCGCUGGCGGAACUAGAGUAGUUCAAGUGCUUAAAUCCGAGGUCCGGAGUUAUGAUACUAAUCUUGAGUUGGCCCAAAUUUACCCCAUUUGGGACGAAGAUACCAGCGACGAGCUCUCUGUCGUAAGCGCUAGUUUUGCUGAACCAUAUGUCCUGAUUGUCCGAGACGAUCAGUCACUCCUCUUACUUCAAGCGGACAAGAGUGGGGAUCUGGACGAAGUCAACAUCGACGGAAUUUUGAGCUCCCAUAGGUGGCUGUCUGGCUGUCUCUACCUUGAUAAAUAUCAUACCUUUGUCCCGACCAAAGGCCAAGAUCAACCGUUAUCCGAUAACAUUCUUUUAGUUCUUCUACGAGCAGACCAUACUUUAUUCAUAUUCUCCCUCCCUACACUUACGGAACCACUCUGCUCCGUCGACGGCGUGGACCUUUUGCCGCUUAUUCUUUCAUGCGAGCCACCUCCUAAACGAGUGACAUAUCGUGAAACAUUAUCGGAAGUAUUGAUCGCGGACCUUGGCGAUUCUAUCAGCAGGCAGCCCUAUAUGAUAUUACGAACAGCAAACGAUGACCUUAUACUAUAUCAGCCAUACCAUCCGAAAACCUCUUUGGACAAACCGGAACUUCGAUUUGUGAAGAUAAUUGACCAUUUCUUGCCCAGAUUUGACCCUUCGCCGAAGGCAUAUAUGCCUCAUUCUAAAUUUUUGCGUGCAUACUCUGAUAUUUGUGGUUAUAAAACUGUUUUUAUGUCUGGCUCAAAUCCAUGUUUUGUUAUGAAAUCCUCUACGAGCUCUCCUCACGUUUUGAGACUAAGGGGGGAGGCCGUCUCCUCUCUUAGCAGCUUCCACAUUCCGGCCUGCGAGAAAGGUUUUGCUUACGUCGAUGCAAGCAACAUGGUUCGAAUGUGUCGAUUACCGAGCAAUACUCGUUUUGACAAUUCGUGGGUCACACGAAAAGUGCAUGUUGGAGACCAAAUAGAUUGUGUGGAAUAUUUUGCGCAUUCAGAGAUCUACGCAUUGGGGAGCAGCCAUAAAGUGGACUUCAAACUUCCAGAAGAUGACGAAAUACAUCCCGAAUGGCGAAGUGAAGUUAUUUCAUUUAUGCCACAGCUAGAAAGAGGGUGUAUAAAGCUGCUUAGUCCUAGAACGUGGUCUGUCGUUGAUAGUUACGAGCUUGGCGAUGCUGAGCGUGUCAUGUGUAUGAAGACAAUCAAUAUGGAAAUUUCCGAAAUCACACAUGAAAUGAAAGAUAUGCUGGUUGUAGGAACUGCCACAGUGCGAGGCGAGGAUAUUACUCCCCGUGGUUCCAUUUACGUUUUCGAAAUUAUUGAAGUAGCUCCCGAUCCGGAUCGUCCAGAGACAAACCGGAAGCUCAAAAUUUUUGCCAAGGACGACGUUAAAGGCGCAGUAACUGCUGUGUCUGGCAUCGGUGGACAAGGCUUUCUGAUCAUGGCUCAAGGCCAGAAGUGUAUGGUCCGUGGCCUCAAGGAGGAUGGCAGUCUCCUUCCUGUAGCAUUCAUGGAUAUGCAAUGUUAUGUCAAGGUCUUGAAAGAGCUCCAGGGAACCGGAUUAUGCAUCAUGGGCGAUGCCCUUAAGGGAAUUUGGUUUGCAGGAUAUUCUGAAGAGCCAUACAGGUUGACCCUUUUCGGCAAGGACAACGAGUACCUCCAGGUCAUCGCCGCUGACUUUUUGCCGGACGGGAAAAGGCUAUAUAUCUUAGUAGCUGAUGAUGAUUGCACCAUUCAUGUCCUUGAAUACGACCCAGAAGACCCUACGUCGUCGAAAGGUGAUCGACUUCUACAUCGCAGUAGUUUCCACACGGGCCACUUCACUUCAACAAUGACGUUGCUGCCUGAGCACUCCAGUUCACCUUCUGCUGAUGAUCCCGAAGAAGAUGACAUGGAUGUUGACUAUGUGCCUAAAUCUUAUCAAGUCCUUGUGACAUCCCAGGAAGGCUCGAUAGGUGUCGUAACUCCCUUGACCGAAGAUUCGUACCGCCGCCUUUCGGCGUUACAAUCUCAAUUGGUAACAAGCAUGGAGCACCCUUGUGGAUUGAACCCGAAAGCAUAUCGGGCGGUUGAGAGUGACGGGUUCGGCGGAAGAGGAAUUGUUGAUGGGAACCUCUUGUUGAGAUGGCUUGACAUGGGCGUGCAGCGGAAGGCGGAGAUAGCGGGUCGAGUCGGUGCUGAUAUAGAGAGCAUCCGGGUAGAUCUUGAGACAAUUAGUGGCGGAUUGGAUUUCCUGUGAAUGGGGGGAAUGGCUGUGAUGAUAGAUUGUGAGGCAGGUCAAGAUGUUUUGUCGGAAUACCGGAAUUGAUUGGUCGUUUAUGGCGUAGAGAUGGCCUAAUGAUGGUAUGCUAGUAAGGGGCAUCAAUCCUUUUGGAUAUAAUUUAAAUACAGUACUGGUACAUGACAUUUAUUUAAAAC